AUGUGCAACUUUGCACCCAUUGAGUUUGAACGGCUAUGGGAGCUCUCGGAAGAUCACGUCUUAUCUAAAUGGGGCGUGGGAAGAGGCAAGAAGUGCAAGACAUCCCCAAAGGACGUGCUUUUCAUGAUGCUAGCUGCGCUGAAGCAUUGUGGAAACUGGGAAACAGUGUCAUCAAUGUUUGACAUGGAUGCCUCGGCAUUUCAGAAGAUGAUAAAGAAGUACAUCGACAUGUACGAACCCUUCUUGUACACGCACCUAGUCAAAGGACAUGAGGCACUCUGGAGCAUGAAGAAGAUAACGGUUAUUGGGCACGCCUUUGCGAACUACCCGUGCGCUCGAUACGCAACUGACGUCACGUUCCAACAUGCCGUUCGCCCCACUGGAAACUUUCACGAGGUGAUGAAAUACUUCAUCACCUCCGUUGCGAAGCAACAAGAUGAAGGAACUCUCUACGAUGACGGCCCUGAUGUCGAUAAUUUCGAAGCAUUUUGGGGUGUUCUGGUUGACAACGGGUAUCAAGGUCUGGGAGACGAGUAUCGAACUAUACAACCCAAAAAGAAAGCGAAAGGUAAACUGACGCUUUCCCCAAGUGAGCGAGAUGAAAACGAUAAGAUCACACACGACCGAGUUAUCGUCGAGAACUUUUAG